AUGUGUGGGGUAUCCUCAUGCACAAUGAACUUAAAGAAGCUUUUCAAGAGGAAGGUGGAUGAUAGUGAAUUCAAAGGUCGAACUAUAAUUGUAAAUAGCAUUCCUUCACUAUCUGAAGAGGCUGAUGCAAAUAACAGGAAAUUUAUUGACAAUGAGAUAAUUUCGUCUCAUUACAAAUGGUGGAACUUUUUACCUGUCAAUUUGUUUGAGCAGUUUCAUGUUGUCGCCAAUUUCUUUUUCCUUCUUAUAUCGAUUCUAUACUUCUUUGGUGAAACUCCAAUUAAUCCUGUCACUACCAUUGCACCUCUGGUUGUCGUCAUCGGCAUUUCUAUGGCUAAGGAUGCAAUAGAUGAUAUUAAGCGGCACAAAUCCGACAGAAAAUUUAACAGGAAUCGAUUUAUGGUCUUAACACACGAUCUAGCAGACAAUACUUCAAGUUUUGCCCAAAGAUACUCCCAAGACAUACAUUGUGGAGAUAUCGUGAUAUGCUAUAAUAACAGCUCGUUUCCCUGCGAUAUGCUGAUAUUAGCAUCAAGUAACUCGAAUGGCAAAGUUUUCAUUACUACUGAUAAUCUUGAUGGCGAAUCUAGCAUUAAAACCACUAAUGCUCUAGCUUUCACUCAAAACCUUUUAUCACCAACAAUAGCAAAAAUUGAAAAGCUCCAACACCACAAUAUUGAACUUGGCCUCGAAAGAUCGACAAUUAUUUGCCAGAACCCGUGUGAAGACUUGAAGGCUUUCGAAGGAAGCCUAAAUUUACCUAGUGAAUCAAUUCCACUUGCGUUAAACAAUGUUGUCUACCGAGGAGCCAAUCUCCACCAUACUACAUUCAUGAUUGGUGUUGCUAUCUAUACCGGCAAAGAAACUAAACUCUCCUUGAAUGGUAAGCCUGGCUUUAGGAAGUUCUCUUCCACAGCUGGCCGCUUCAAUGAUAUUCUUCUCGCCUUUAUUGGCGCAAUGUUCGUUGUAACCCUCAUCAUUACCAUUCUUCAUUUUGUCUGGAAUGCAAUGCCCUAUGGUGAACCGUGGUACUUCUUCACUCCUAUCGCUACUAAUUGGCGUAGAGUACAACAGUACUUGACUCUCCUUUUCAUCAUUAACUACCUCAUUCCAAUUUCCAUUAUGGUCACUAUGGAGCUUCAACAAUUAGUUCUAGCAUUCUUUAUUAACAAAGAUGUCGAGUUAUACGAUCCUGAAACGAAUGAAAAAACUCAGGUGAACGCAACGAAUCUUGCGGAUGAGUUGGGUCAAAUCGAGUUCCUUUUCAGUGACAAGACAGGAACUCUUACUCAAAACAAGAUGAUUUUUAAGAGUUAUAGCCUAGCUAACGACCACUACGUCUAUGACGUUGAAGAGGAAGGCCUGUUCAAGGUACGAAGUAAAAACAAAUCUUCAACUAUUACUGACCCUACGAAAGUUAGCCCAACUACUCCUUGCGAUGUCAAUGCUGCAGAUUACUUUUCCUUCUCGGAAGAUGAAGAAGAGAGCCUAGAAGUCGGUCUUGAGAGUAGUGAUGAUUUAACUACUCAAAAGGAAAAAGAGAGGGUCUAUAUACUCUCCAAGGAGGCCGAACAAUUCUGGACCAAUAUCGUUCUCAAUCAUUCAGUUGAAGCCAAAACUUCAGUCAACAAUGAUACAUUAGAAGAAGUUAUAACUUAUAAUGCCGCAUCUCCAGACGAAAAGGCUCUUAUCGACGCAGCUGCUAAGGUUGGAAUAACAUAUAUAGGUCUAGACGAUAGUAUCGGAUCAAAAAAUGGUGACUACAACACCCACCUUGUUAGAUUCGAUCCGGGUACCCUAAGUGGAAAGCCGUCCAAAGUAGUGACUCGGAAGUUCAAAGUCGACGCCGUUAUUGAAUUCAAUUCUGUUAGAAAACGCAUGUCUGUCAUGGUGCGAGAUGAUGAAGGACGGUGUGUUGUCUACACCAAGGGAGCCGAAGUGACCAUGCUUGACCCUAGAAGAUGCGAUAAAACACCAUCUCUUACAAAGGAUAAGAUAAUUCGCAACGUGACAGAAUUCGCCCUGAGCGGUUUACGCACUCUCGUUUUCGCCAGGCGUGAACUAGAUGGUGAUACUUACAAUUCCCUCUUGAAGAAGUACAGAUGGGCUCAAUGCCAACUAGGAAUUGAACGUGUUCGAGCUUUGGAGGAGGCUUCUGCAGAUAUUGAGGCUAACAUGUCAUUAAUCGGCGUCAGUGCAGUAGAGGAUAAACUUCAACCAGGUGUUAGGCAAUGCCUUCAGAGUCUCAUAUCUGCUGGGAUUCAGAUCUGGGUCUUAACUGGAGAUAAGGAGGAGACAGCCGUUCAAAUCAGUCAGGCUACUGGACACUUUCCCCCCGGCACAACUCUUAUCCGUCUCACUAAUGGGCAAAGUACUGAAGAGGUGGGAAGAGCAAUUUACGUUCAGCAGGAGGGUAUGAAGGCUCGAUUGGAAGUGAAAAAAGGCAGAUCGAGAUUUAAAAGACUUUUCCAAAAGAGAGAUGCUCUGGAUUCUUUUGGAUUAGACUCUGAAGCCUUUGAUUCAGAUACAUCUAGUGAUAGCGACGAUGAGGAAACUAAGAUUAAAAAGCACAAAAGUUCACUCAUCAGUCGUUUUAAUCGACGAUUUAGAAGUGCGGUUGCUGAUGGACUUCGAAGACAUAGAAGAAAGAAUCCUGGUGGUGCUAAUGAGCCUGUUGGAUUAGUUAUUGAUGGGGCUACUCUUCGGUACGCAAUUUCGUGCACGGUUUAG